UUCGAGAAAGAUUCUUCCUUUCAAAAUUAAAUUUAUUUAAACAACCUUUAAAUAAUAUAUACAAUUGUAAAUAUGCCGGAGCAAAAUAUUGAUUAUCGAGUAGUCGUUUUUGGUGCAGGGGGAGUAGGAAAAAGUUCCUUGGUGUUGCGGUUUAUUAAAGGAACAUUUAAAGAUAGUUACAUUCCUACAAUAGAAGAUACUUAUCGACAAGUGAUUAGUUGCAAUAAAAAUAUUUGUACACUACAAAUUACUGAUACAACGGGUAGUCAUCAGUUUCCAGCGAUGCAAAGAUUAUCAAUCACAAAAAUGCAUGCGUGUAUAUUGGUAUAUUCUGUCAGUUCAAGACAAAGUUUAGAGGAACUUAGGCAAAUAUGGAGUCUAAUUAAGGAAUUAAGGGCUUCUGACUUGACGACCAUUCCUGUAAUGCUCGUUGGUAAUAAAUGUGAUGAAAGUGCUGAACUCCGGGAAGUUAGUACGGCUGAAGGACAGGCUGAAGCGGCAACCUGGGGUGUAUCAUUUAUGGAAACAUCGGCGAAAACAAAUCAUAAUGUUACAGAAUUAUUUCAAGAGCUGUUAAAUAUGGAAAAAAAUAGAAAUGUAUCAUUACAACUUGAUGGAAAAAAUAAAAAAAAAAUGAAAAAUAAAAAAAAUAAAGAACAAAAUGGAUCAGCAGGAGGAGAAAGUUCGGGCGAAAGUGGAAGUGGUACAAAAGAAAAGUGUCAAGUAAUGUAAUCGUUAAACUGCGGAGCAUUAUUUUUAAGUGUUACAUAACUGAUAUCUUACAAAUGAAUCCAGUAUUUUUCUUUUUGAAAAAUAUCAUUUCAAGUAUGAACAGAUAGAUAAAUGCAUUUUUAAAUAAAAAAAAGUUGUUAUUUUUGUUAGAUUCGUAUUAUAUUUCAUAAAAUUUAAUUA